AUGAUUUCCAGUCAGCCACCGCCAGGCGGCGGCGGCCGGCUUCCGGACGAGGUGUUCCGCAAAAUCACCUCCGUCGAUCAAGGCACCAGCACACUCACACAGGCGGGUAUUCAGGGUCUUAGCGCGAGAAUUCUAGACAAAGACGUUCGCGGCGACGUCGUUAUUCAAUUCGUCGAGAUCAUCAAAAAGCCCGGACAAUCAUUAGGAUUGUAUUUGCGCGAGGGCAACGGCAAAGAUCGAUUCGACGGUGUGUUCGUGUCGCGAUUCGGCGAGACGUCGCAUUUGGCCAAAUAUGGCGACGUGAUUCGUCCCGGCGACGAAAUUCUAACCAUUAAUAACGUCGAGGUCUCGAAUAUGGGAAUCGACGACGUCGUUCUGAUAUUGAGCAUUCCGAGAAGGCUUCUGCUCAGGAUACGAUUCUCAAAAUCCACUCGACAUGAGCUGCCGAUCAGCAAUCGGGCUGUCGAGCGACCGGUCGUCGUCUUUCAUAAGGUCGAGGAGCGAAGGGAAAGCGAAUCGAAUUCGAACGCGCCGAUUCUCUCGCAGCCGACGUCCACGGCGAAUACCUGGCUCGGCAAAAAGAGUCGACAGCAAAUGGAGGAAAUGCGCUCCGGCACACUUCGAUCGUCGUCGACUCAGCAGCAGCAGCAAGUGUCGCCGCGUUCGCAGUACGCGCCGCGUCUUCUCAACGGUCACGCUCAUCCUAUCAAUUCGAGCGAGCCGACGACGGGCGGCACCUAUCAGCGAUUCGCUUCCGAACCAUCCGAUUCGAUCACAAGAACCGCACGUGUGCCACCGCCGCGACUUCAAUCGGCAACCGUUCGCCGAACCGAGAGCUUCAAUUCGGCGCCGGGCGCUUCGACGACCGCCACGAUGUACACACUGCCGCGUUCAUCGACAGCUGUACCGCCGCCGGACAUGAUGAACGCCUCGCGUGUGCCGCUAACCGCUCGCGAGCCAUUAAUGCGCAACGACUACGAUCCAAUGAUGGGCGGUCGAAUGGCGACGAACGCCGCCGACGCGCUCCUCUCGCGCUCAUGGUGCUCGCCGAUUCUGCCGCGAUCGUUGCGGCCAACCGCCGAUCACAAAAGCAAUUCGCUGCCGAGGCGACGCCUCAUGUCAGGCACCGGUGAUCGUUUUGUAGGCGCGCGAAAGGUGAAAUGGCGAAACGACGUCGUCGCAACGGAAUUGUGUGGCGAGGAGAGCGACGGCGCGAUCUCGGCUCCCGAAUACUCAUCGCCGUCAUUCUCGAGAUUAUCGCAACAGCAACAAUUUCGAUUGUCGAACGGAAGUCCCGGUCGAACGGUGAACGACAUCUUCUCGGCGGCCGAAUACCGCAACUGGGCGGGUCCCUAUGAUCCGCGCGCGAAUUAUAGCGGACGAGCGACGCGCUGGUCGCACACGUACGGCGAGCAGCGAGCGCCGAGGACGAGCUCGCUGCCGGGUCGUACGAUAUUGGCGCAGAGUCUUGUUGGAAGCCCGGUGCUUCCGCGCCAUCCGCAGCCGAUUGUCCAGGAGCGGCCGUCGGCGGUCUUCGAUCGCUAUCACGUCUCGCCGCUGAUGAAUCGACGCGCGCCACUUCGCGCCGCCGGUCCCGGCAUCAACAUCGAUCGUCUCAAUGUGAGCAGUCUCACCGGCAUUCUGUUCGUGCAGAUUCUCGAGGGACGCGGCCUCAAGAUACCCGAGAAGCAGAAGGGACUCACCGAGGAGAUGUACUGUGUGCUCGAGGUCGACGAGCAGCAUCGCGCGCGCACCGGCGUCUCGACGAUCGAACAGAAAUUCCGAUGGCGCGAGACGUUCCAUAUCGACGUCGUCAACGCCACCGUCACCAACUUUUUCGUCUACUCGUGGCAUCCGCAAUUUCGCCACAAACUGUGCCAUAAGGGUUCGUUGAAGCUUCUUGAAGCGUUCGUUGUCGAUCAAUUGAACGGCGAUCGGAUGUUUGCGUUGAAUCUCGAACCACGAGGACAACUCAUCGUACGAAUCGGAUUCCAUGAUAUGGCUUCAGUGUUCCGGAGAACGGUCAAUCCAAGACUCGACGGGGUGUUUGGUGUGCCGCUCUCUCGCCUCAUUCACCGAGAACGAAGGGAUACGCCAAUUGUGCUGACGCGAUUGAUUCAGGAAAUCGAGAAACGCGGAGUUGACAAUAAUGGCCUCUAUGUUUUGUGCGGCUCAGUGGAGAAGAAGCGAAUGCUUCGCGAUGAGCUUGAGGCGAAUCCGCUCGGAACUGAACUCGGCGCCGACAGCAUUCCAGACACCAAUGUGAUCGCCUGCCUGGUCAAAGAUUUCCUCAGGGAGCUUCCCGAGCCGUUGAUAUCGCCGCAAAUUCAUGCGAUGCUGCUCGACGCGGCGUCGGUAGCCCUGCCGAACGAUGUGCAAGCAAAUCGCGCCCUAGUUCUAAGGAUUAUCGACUGCCUAACGUUAGCAUGCAAGAAUUGCCUUCUCCUUGUUCUCGACCAUCUUGUCACUGUGCUCUCUUCCUCACCACACAACGGCCUUUCUCCCUCGAGGCUCUCAACGAUAUUCGCGCCUUUACUAUUCUGCUGUCUUGAUUCAAUGUCGCCAUAUCCAUCAUCGCCGACGUCGAAGUCGACGACGGUACGAUGUUUGGACGUGGCUCAGGCGUCAGCCAGCCUUCAGAUGAUUCUGUCGAUAUGGCCAACUAGAGUUAGUAGCGAGAGCGGAUCAGAUAGUCCGGCCACGGCAUCUCAAAAAGGAGCAUCCGUCUAUGUCUCGGAAUCGCAGUGUUGA